GCUAAAGCUGCUGGCAUCAGUUAAAGCUGAAUUUUCAUCUCACAAUUGCACAUUACAAUGGCGACUGUAAAUGAUUCUUCUAUUAAGUUUUUUUCAAAGGGUAGCAGUAACCAAUGGCUUUAUGUUUUAUCACAAUAUAAGGAAGUUUUCAAGAUUCGAGCUCAGGCAACUCGUGGUUCUAAAAAAAGUGGUCCACAAGAAGCAAUUAAAUUGGAUAAUUGGUAUCAAGAAGAAUUACCAAAGAUUUUAGCGGCGCGUAAAGAGCGUCAAAUCCGGCAUGAUGAGUUGGUACAGAUAACUAAAUGGAAAUUAUGGCGAACCAAAAAUCGUGCAGGUUUAUUGGAUCUUGUACGAAUGAAUACAGAAACUGCAGUUAAAGCAGUAUCCACCAAAGCUUUCAAAAAAUGUCCAACGAAUCUCCAUGGAGCUAUUUCAGCAUUGGUCAAUUUAAAAGGGAUUGGAGUUGCUACCGCAUCAGCUAUUUUAUGUGCUUAUGCUCCAGAGAUUUGUCCUUUCAUGGCGGAUGAAUGUUUAAUGUCAGUUCCAGGAAUAGAAAACACCAAUUAUACCGUAAAUGAAUUUAUUGCUUUCGCUGACCAAAUUAAAGUCGCCUGUGACAGACUACAAGCCGAAGAUCCCACUGCUAAAUGGACUCCACAUAAAGUAGAAUUAACUUUAUGGACACAUUAUUGGAUUAAAGAAAUGAAACUUAACUUAUUGGAUAAUAUGCCUACUCCUGAUGGAGUUGCAAAUGAGAAUGAUAAUGAAAAAGAUGAUGAUGAUUUAAAGAAUGGUAAUGGUGAUUCUCAUACAAACGGUGGAGGUGAUAAAGUAUUAGAUGAUGAUUCCAAUAUAUCUGUACCUGUAUCUAAUGCCUCCGAAGUAGAAGAAAAGAGUAAUGAUUCAACUAAAGAUGAUCUAGAUGGAGAUUCAAGAUUAGGACGAAAUGAUAAAAAUAAUGGUAGCGCAUAUAACUGCAUCGAAGAUAGUAAAGAUGGUUUAGGUCUAUGUUCAGAUGAUAAUUCACGACAACAGAUUAUAACUAAUGGAGACAACAGUAAUCUAAGUUACUCUAAUUUAAGUUCAGAUGAUUUGAACAAUAGUACAGCUGAAAAUACAGCCGACGCACCCACCAACUCUACUAUUUUAACACCAACAGCAACACCAACCCCACCGACUACAACAACAACAAUCACAACAAACAAUAAUGGACAUGUGGCCAAUGGUGAAAGCUGUAAUGAUGAUCACAAUGUUGCUGAUAAUGGUGAUACAAAAAUUAGCGAAAUUAAAAAGUCUGAAAAUAAUUCUUUAGAGGAAAAUGUUAUAACCGAUAUGGAUACCCUCUCUAAAACAACAACUACUGCUACUGCUAUUAAGAGACCUGUGGAGGAGAUUACUAAUGAAAUCAAAGGAAGCGAAGAUAAUGGAUCGUUGGAGAAGAAAUCCAGAAUCGAAUAAUUGUCAAUAUAGACAUCUUUUUUGCUUUUCUUUAUCUUUAUUCUGCGUUAAUCAUUCGUAUACAUCUUCUAAAUUUAUUAUUAUCAUGACUAAAAUGCAAAGAAAAAUAUUGAAAGUAACUCCAACGUUCUCCGACAUCUCAACUCAACAAAAAGAAAUAUUGUUUCCUCUAUAAUCAAACGGGAAGCUAUGCUAACUCAACGGCCACUUUUUCACUAAAAUCCAAUGUGGUUCAAAUAAAUCAAUUCUAUUCUUAAACAAGCAUCUCCACUUUAAUCAACUGUCUAUUUAAUUACCUUUUCUAAAUGAUUUAGUUCUAUGUUAAAUAUCUUUGCUUCAAUAAGAAUAUGUAUUUAAAAAAAUUA